UUAUCUUGUUUAUCGCUGUCUGGUGUACGUGACCGGGGAAGUGGCUGGUACAUUCGAGCCUUCAAGUUUUGCCGGCUUGUAUGCUUGUUAUCUUAAUUUUUUAUAAUUUUCAAUAAGUUGGACUGUCUUUAAGCUGCUGCAGCUUUUCUGCUUGUUAUAUGGAAUUGGCGAGCCUCCGUUUGUGAUGAUUAUUUCUUUGUCCUCGACCAAUUUAGGCCAUACAUGAGGUCUUCCGUCUAGUUUCGACGGACAACAUACAAGGCAUCACUCAACACCUGGAGAAAGCUGUUUGAUAUUCUUCUAUCGGGCAGAUGCUUGCUUGUAGCGUCAAAAAGCAUGCUGUAUAGACUUUAGGGAGUGUUGCUUUCCAGAAUAUUACCAGUGGAGUCUGUGUAGUUUGCUCAGACCAACGAUACACGACGUGUGUUGCAAAGAUGGAUUUUGAUGCGGAAAUAAGCAAAGAUGAGCCGAGAGGUUUUUACGAAAAAUACGAACCAAAGGAGACUUUGGGAAGUGGCUUAUCAAGUGUUGUAAGAAGAUGUGUAAACAAAGAAACUGGAAGAGAAUUUGCUGUGAAGAUAAUUGACAGAUAUAGUGAAAAGGGGAAAGCAAUGAAAGGCCGUGAUGAGGAGCAGCAAGUCAAGACAGAGAUAAACACUCUUGGAAGAGUUGCUGGACACCAAAAUAUAAUUAAACUGGUAGAUGUUUAUGAAAGUGCAGCAUUCUUCUUCCUGGUUUUUGAAUUAGCUCCUGGUGGAGAGUUGUUCGACUAUCUCACAAGAGUAGUUACAAUUUCAGAGAAAGAAACAAGGAAAAUAAUGUGCCAAAUAUUUAGUGCAGUUGCUCAUAUGCAUAAUAAUGGUGUUGUACAUAGAGAUCUCAAGCCAGAAAACAUACUGUUUGACAAUGAAAACAAAAUAGUUAUAACAGAUUUUGGUUUUGCUGUGAUGCUGGAACCAGAUGAAACUGUUAGAGAAUUUUGUGGAACAUAUGGCUACCUUGCACCAGAAACCCUCAAAUGUUACAUGUUUGAAAAUAUGCCUGGAUAUGGAAAAGAGGUUGACUUAUGGGCUUGUGGAGUUAUACUUUAUACACUGUUGGUUGGAUUUGCUCCUUUUUGGCAUAGAAAGCAGAUGCAAAUGAUAAAGAAUAUAACAGAAGGGAAGUAUAAGUUUGGAAGUCCGGAAUGGGAUGACAUAUCUGAAGCUCCUAAAGACCUGAUAAGGAAAUUACUGGUGGUCGAUCCGAAAUUGAGAAUCUCGGCGGACCAAGCUUUGUGUCAUCCUUGGUUUGAAGGCUUGGCUACACCAAGACCAAAAACAACAAGAAGGUUCAAGGCGGUUGCUGUCGCAAUUAUCACAAUGAAAGAACUGUAUUAUACGUACCACAAAAGGCACCAGCCUGCUACUAAAGAAACUGUUAUUAAGGAUCCGUACGGUUAUAAACCAGUGCGUAGGAUGAUUGACAGCUGUGCCUUCAAAAUGUAUUCUCAUUGGGUGAAACGGUGGCCGGAUCAGGAUCAAAACAGGGCGGCUUUGUUUCAGAACGCUUUGAAAUUUGAGGUCCGGAGGUCCGGUAACAGUAGUAUACCAUCAUUUUUAUAUCAACUGAAUAGCCCCUGGAUCAAAAAAGCCAGCAGUUAUCGGCAUUUAACCGACGCCAUAAAAAGGCGGGAAGAUGGCUCAGGCAGCAGGUAACAAAAGUCUGAUUUUAUCCAAAUUCAGCUGUUGAUCUGACCAGCUUGAUCAAAAGAAAGUCGCGUUUGGUACACAGGAGACUGUUGUUCAUUAAGAAGUCAGGCCUGUCAAAACAAAUUUGAAGCUGCUUGUUGGUACAAACAGAAUCUUUAAAUAAGCGGCCAGUUAUUGAAAAGUUGCUUGGAUAACCGUUGGAAGAUUCUAGAAUGGGGCAGCCAUACCAAGAUAAAGUAAAUCAAACUGGAUUUCAUUGCAGGCAUGACCUAAAGCACAGCAUUUGUGUACUUUUGUCUAAGGAAUCUCACCUUAGGCCUCCAUCAAGAAAGCUCGUUAAUGUUUAUGUGGAUUUCCAUAGAUAAAAAAGUAACGAAACUUUCUUAGAAAAUCUCUUUCUACCUUGAAAUGUUUAAGCAUUCUAGACUUCAUCAAGAAAUUUGUAGAUUUUUCACUUGUCUGUUCUUUGGGAAAAAUAUCAGUGUUUACAACUAUUUAUGGCUUGAAGUGAAAUCGAUGAAGCUCCCCGAUGACUAGUUUUUACAACGUCCUAUUUGUGGUUUUAAAUGAUUUGUUAUUUAAGUUUUUAUGUCUUUCAGUUUGUUUAUUUUCCAAGUGUUAGGUGUUCUUGUAUUUCCAAUAUUCGUUCGUAUUCCCUGUUAAUUCUUAGUACCAAUGUGCAUAUAAAACUGUCGAAAACACGUUGUAGCCUAACUAGCUAGUAUCUAUCAGUGUAUUUAUUUUCUACGUUUUUCAACUUGAUUUGUGGUGUAAAAACAAUUUCUGGUUGGACAUGUAAGUAAAAUGCCUUCCUCAAUGUCGAGAUAUUGCUCCUGUGUAAAGAUGUAAAAGUACUAACAAUAAGCUUAGUCCUUGUUUAAUUUUGGGGCAACGGGAUUGCCUAGUCCCCCGAUCACCCUUUGUUCCAUCCCCCCCCACCUUGGUAUGUCUGCCUGGAAAAUGGCCCCAUCAAGCACGGAUAUGGUAUCAUAGAAACUGGGUAAAUUCAAAAGAACCCAAGCACUUGUAUUAAUGACUGUUUGUUCUUAUUAUGCUAUAUUUAUGAAAUAUUCUGUCGUUUUUUAAUUGUUAUACACAUGUAUCACAAAAC